UCCGGAGCCGGCCGCCGGGAUGCCGCCUGCCCGUUCUGCCCGCUCUAAUUGGAUGUUCCCUGGAUGGAGGAUUUCCUCCCCUCCCGGCUGCGGGAGUCAUGAAGGCAGGCUCGGCUGCGCUUGAAAGUUUGCCAAGCGGCAGCUAGGUUUAAUUUCUUUAAGGAUCCGAGGAGAAGGGGGGAGGCGGGGGCUGGAGGGGGACCGUUUCCAAGCAUGGGAGACAGGCUGCCGGAACCUCACGCCAGCUCUUCCCCUGCUGUGGCUGCCGGCUCAGAAGCGGAAGAAAUCGAGGUGCUCGACUCCGAGGAUGUCCUACCUAUGGCCGCAGAGGAUAGAGCUAGCCGUUCCUGCAGGCAGGCACUAAAGGGAGAGGAAGGCAGCUGGGAUGGAGUGCAAAUCAGGAAGCAGGCUGAACUGUUUGAUCCUGACAACACCGGCUAUAUCAGCACGGAGAAGUUUCGUUCCCUUCUCCAGAGGCACGGCUCAGAGCUGGACCCCCACAAGCUGGAGGUCCUCUUGGCCCUGGCAGACAGCAACUCAGAGGGGCGGAUCUGCUACCAGGACUUCGUCAACCUGAUGAGCAACAAAAGGUCGAAUAGUUUCCGCCAAGCCAUCCUUCAGGGCAACAGGAGGCUGUGCAGCAAGGCGCUGCUGGAGGAAACAGGGCUGAGCCUGUCACAGAGGCUGAUCCGACACGUUGCAUAUGAGACCCUGCCGCGAGAGAUAGACCGCAAGUGGUACUACGACAGCUAUACCUGCUGCCCUCCACCCUGGUUCAUGAUUACCAUCACCAUCGUAGAGGUUGCCUUUUUUCUUUACAAUGGAGUGGUGCUAGACAGAUUUGUGCUGCAAGUCACCCAUCCCUUAUACCUGAAAAAUGCAUUACUUUACCAUCCUCAACUCCGUGCUCAGGCUUGGAGGUACCUAACCUACAUAUUCAUGCACGCAGGGAUAGAACACCUUGGUCUCAAUGUUGUCCUUCAGCUCUUGGUUGGGGUUCCCCUGGAAAUGGUGCAUGGAGCUGCAAGGAUCAGCUUUGUGUACGUUGCUGGAGUCGUGGCAGGGUCCCUGGCAGUGUCAGUGGCUGAUAUGACUGCACCUGUGGUUGGCUCCUCCGGAGGCGUGUAUGCCCUUGUCUCGGCUCACUUGGCCAAUAUAGUCAUGAAUUGGUCUGGAAUGAAGUGCCAAUUCAAACUGCUACGCAUGGCUGUUGCCUUGAUCUGUAUGAGCUUUGAAUUUGGAAGAGCUGUGUGGCUGCGAUUCCACCCCUCUGCCUACCCUCCAUGCCCACAUCCUAGCUUCAUGGCUCACCUGGGAGGGGUGAUGGUUGGAAUCACCCUCGGUGUCAUUAUCUUGAGGAACUAUGAGCAGAGACUUCAAGAUCAGACUUUAUGGUGGAUCUUCCUUUCUAUUUAUCUAAUCUUUGUGUUGUUUGCCAUCUUCUGGAACAUUUUUGCCUACAGCCUGUUGGAUUUGAAGCUACCUCCCCCUCCUUGAAUGCACAGGACAGGAGACUCUGGAGAGCAGAAGCAGUCUGCCAGCUGCAUUAUACGAGAGAAGAUGGAGGUUCUAUUUUUAUAUUUAACUUAGGGGAGGAUGAUUAUUUUGAACACAACCGUGUGUGGAAGAAGAUGCUUAAAGAUCUCACAAGUGAAUGGACUGAUCAGUUUGUUAUUAAAUCUAGCAGGUACUGUAAUGCUGGCUGGCCUGGGCCCUGCAGUUUCUUCACUGCUAGGGCUUCCAUUGGGCACCUUGAACUUGGACAUUUAUCACAUGGUUUGUUAGCACACAUCAAUAUUCUGUAUGGGAUAUUUGCAUUUUCCUGGUCAGUGCUGGAAUUACAGCCAAUUGUUGAAUGAAUCUCCUCAAUAUUACUAAACACAAGAUGGAAAAAGAGCAGUCAGUUACUAACUAGACUUGCAUGACACUCCCAAGGCAGACUGGGUUUGGUUUCUACAGAUACAUUUGACUGUUCAGCCAUACCAGUGCCACUGUCUAAUUACUUGAAUGGUUCCUUAAAAUUUUAAGCCUUUGGUGGAACUUGUUUUAUGCACCUUUGAAAGGGAUCAGCAGAACUUUGUCACCCAAAGUGAUGGAGACUGGUCUUUCAACUACAGGUCAAAUGAAAUUGCACUAUAAACCUUGGAAACUCUUUAGAGUGAUGUGGAUACUGGGCUAGAGGUGAAUUUACCAUGCACGAUUUACUUGAUUUAUACUUUUUUUCCCAGCCUGUUGUGGCUACAGCUUGUGGCUGGGGUUUCUUUUUGAGAGAUGGAGGAAAGGAAGGCAAAUGUUCAGUUUUGAUUUUGUCAGUUGACAAUGGGGUUUUUCUUCUCACUUUAUUUGGGGCUGUAUUGAUUUAAUGCCUGGCCUGCAGUGAUAUCUAAGCAGGGAUCUCAACUCUUCCAACAGGCUCCAGCUUUAGAGCCAUCCAGUCUGUUUGAAGCCAGCUUUGUCCACUGAAGGUAUUGGGUUAAAUCAGGGUAUGUGUCUGGCUUCCUCCUGAAGUGGAAAGAAGUGUUACAGUGAACGUUGUGAAGUUCAUAACACUGGUUUUCAAAUGGCUGCUAAAAUCUGAGGAUGGCAAGUCUUUCUGAGGCAAUGGAAGUUCAGAGAAAGCAACAGUCAGUUGCACUGAUGCCUUUUUGCUUAGCAUAGGUCAAACCCAGAUUUUAGUAAUCUGGUUUGAAACACAGUCCAUACAGCCACACGAUGCGUGCUGCCUGAGUGAACCUGGGGACCAGACUGGAAUGUCUGCAGAGUGUGUGUCUGUGUAAGGUGCAUAUUCAGUUUUGCCUCUCACUUUGGAGAGCUGCCAAACUACAGUUGAGAUACUUGGAUGCCUUUCUUUUCUCUCCCCUUUGUCCACCUAGUUUGGUACCUUGUAUAAAGCAGAAAUGGGAGUCUUUGUAGAUGAGCUCCUUUUUUCCUUUUUCUUUGCAGCUUGGUGCCCAGCCACCGCCAGCUUUCCGUGGCACAUCUUGUGGGCAGAGCAGCAGCUGGGUUUUCUCUGUGGCUAAGUGUUUUUGUAUCGUAGGCUUUAUUCUCUCAGUUGUGUAAUUGGUGAAACCACAAACUGGUGGGAGCCUGUGUUUCUAGAGGGGACGUUCCCAAGAAAUCAUCAACUGUAGUUCCCUUAUUUGCCUUUGCAGGAGAAAUCUCUCCAGAAGGUAGAAGUUCUGCUCCUGUGGUAUCUGCUCGUAAAAAUCCUGUUGCCUCAGGGAAAGAGAAGGGGGAGAAGGAAGAGUGUCUCUACAGCUGGGAGUAAGCGUUACGUGCAAAAGAACCAAGUUUUGCUGUUUGUGCACAGAAAUGGAAUCUCAGAGGGCACCUUUCUGCAUGACUGGCAUGUUUGUGGCCCUCAGAUCGAGGGACAAGGGUCAGAGCUCUAUUCUGUCUGAAGGAACGGGCUCAUUCCCUGUGCUAUUUCAUCUCAGCAGAUUGGGUCCAGGUCAGAGCGGUCACAAAACUUUAUGUGCAUUGCUUCAGGUCAGGAGCUGGUCAGCGAGUUCCAUGCUGAUGGAGAUUGUCUCCCUGGAGAGCCAUAGACAAGCAGGAGGGGGGAACUAGAAUGCAGAGAAAAGCAUGGCUAAUGCCAUUCUUUCUUCACCAAUUGUUAAGCCUUUCUGAAUACAGAUGCCUUUAAACCAGAGGUGAGCAGGAAAUGGGAAUUGCCAGAUAGGAGCUGCACAGAGCAGUCUAGGUGCCCUUCCUUGGUCCUUCAUCCAUAAAUGAACAUAGUGAACACAAAGUAAUUUUUUCCAAAAAACCUCUCACUGAACUUGUGAGUUGUUCAUCUUUCCAACUUCCAUUCCUGUGUUCCCAUCUGCUGUCUGAGCAAAUCUGAAACAGCCCUGGGGAUCAGAGAGGUCAGACUCGAGCAGUACUGGAUUUUUGUGGGUGAAGAAAUGAAAGCCUCUUUCAUUCCUGCUCAGCAGAGCUGAAAUAUCUCCCCAUGUAUAGAGCAGAUCGUAUGCAUAGCCUGUUCUCUAUUAAGAAUAUCAGCUUAUGGAGUCAGGAGCAUUGUGAAGUGCUGAAGUUUUUUAUAAUUAUGUUUAUAUCACUGAAAGUAUAUUGUGAAAACUUGUUAUAUUUUUACAGAGUAUCAGGAAAGCCAGUUAACAAUGUUUUUUAAUGCACCCAGAAGUGCCACAGCACUGCAGUGCCAGAGAGCUAACAGCAAACAGGCUUUGCUUUUACCUCCAGAUGUCCUUGAUGCUGCUGGCUUAUGGCAGAGCUCUGCUAUUCUCCAUCCUGCUCACUUGUGGUUCCAGCUGAUCAGUGGCAGUGUGUUCCUGAAGGAACCAUCCGCUGACGACUGGUUUUGGUGGUUGCUUCUGUUUUAGUCCAGAUGCUGCCAAGAUUUUACAUUGCUCAGAUAAAAAGAUAAAAAGUGAAUCUUUUGUGUGAAUGUGCAGCUCCAGAACGGCAGACAAGGACUGUUAGCAGUGCACAGAGUGGAGAUAACGCAUGUUGGAGGAGUUUAUUUCGUGCCCCCGUCCUUGAGUGAGGACACAGCGCAGGCCAAGCAGCCGUUCCGUGUGUGAUUGCCGGUCAGGCAGCACCGCAGGGCGGCUCUGCAGCUCCUUCGGGGACACCUGCCGGCCGCGCCGACACAGCGCAGAGCCACGCUGAGCCCUCGGCUCGGCCCAUCCGAGCUGGGAGCAGCAGCUCGGACAGCUCUGGCAAUGGUGGAAGACAACCUGGGAGAGCAAAGUCCACGCGGCUUGCAGACUGCGCCUGUUAUUCCUCGAUUCUUGGAUGCAGGUGGAGAUUAAUUUUGCACACAUCAGUAAUAACAAGAGGAGGAAGGAGAGGAUGGGUGGGAGCGGUGCUUACCAGGAACCGUCGCUGACUGAGGUAGAGAGGAGUAAAAAUGCUGAUGAAUUCACUUUUGCCAAGUUUCUAAGCCAACACCUUUCUUUUUUUCCCCCCGUUAGUCAGUGGGGCAGCUGGGCACUUCUGUGGCACAUUGUGUUUCUACACUGCUUGCUCUUUCAGCAGAAGGAAGUAUCUUGUCAGUGGGGACAGGGCAGGGUGGAGAAGUUAUUGCCUAAAGCUGCUGGACUAGACAUAAAGCUUAAGGAUUUUGUGUCCCAAGACCUUGCUUCUGCUGCAUUACACUGCCCUUGUUUUUUAAGUCAAUUAUAUAGCUUCAUUUUGAACUAGGUGUGAAGGAUGGAGUCUGACACAUUUAGAACUGAUACAAAAAUAACAGCUAUCUGCUGGCCUUAUGUGGCUGCUGCUGUUUUGUGCCAACAUUUAGGCUUACAGGAUCACAGAGAGGGUCUUCACACAUCAGUGAGUAAAGAAAACUUGAGUCUGUGUAACUGCACAGAGUUCCACUUUGGAAACCCCACUGGCUUUACCUGAGGUGGAACUAGAAAACAUGAAUGCAGUUCAACACCAGCAACCUCUGGAGGCAAUCCAGGAUCCAGAGAACAGAAACACCUCUGGGAUUGUAGGCUCUCCGACUAUCACUGCUGUUCUGUUUCCUUUGUAGCAGGGGCUGCUUCCCACUGCUCUGUACUGUGACUCAAAACAUUCCUCCUGCGGUCAGUGAUGCUGAGAGCUGGUUGUAAAGGAAAGCAGUGCAUUUUGCAGCUCUGUAAAGAACUGCACUAAAGACAGAAACCAAGCCCGUUCAAAGGUAAAUGUACUUUGAAUGUCAUCUUUAAUCAACAGCACUUAAUUGGAAAAAGUUUUCUAAUGAGAUAUUCCUGAAAUGCCAGUAGUAGUAGUUCAGAAAAUUUAUGUUUCAGGGUACUUGACAAUACAGAGCACAAAAUAUUCCCCAGGCCUGAUUCAAGUAGCAACAUCUUUAAUUUCUAAUGAGCUUAAUAGAUAUGUUAGUCACUGUCUCCUGACUCCCUCAGUGUCUCAUUAAUUGGCAAAUAAAGCUAGUUGCUCAGCUUUUCUUUUGCUUACACUACUAACCUAACAACAUAUCCAAACGUUAAACACAAAGCACUAAACAAUGUAAUUUUCUGCCUUAAAAUACUGAGCAAAUGAUACUUUCCCGUUAAGGGCUAGUAAAACAAAAUAUUUGCAAGGUAAUUACACUAUGGUAUGUUUUCAAA